UGGGAAACUCCCUGGCUGUGUGCCUCCUCUUCCACCCAUCACAUGUCUCUGGCAAUUAGCUAUAUUAGAAGGUUUUAAGCGCGUCAGCUGUGCACAGGACUGUUCCGGAGCCAAGAGGAAGGAUCAUAAGGAGCAGGUGUGUUUGACUUUGCCAUGGCCACUGAUGUCAAAGGAGACGGCCAAGAGGCUCCACACACAAUGAACAUCGUGACCAGAGUGACCAGCCUCCCCCUGGUCAGCUCCACGUACGACAUUUGCCACUCUCUGUAUAACUACGCCAAGGAGAAUUACCCGUUCAUCAAUUCCGCCUGCAGCGUGGCGGAGAUGGUGGCGGCGGUGGCCGUCGGGAGUGCCGUCGGGGGCGCCCAGCCGCUUCUCGGCCACCUCGAGCCCCAAAUUGCUGCUGUGAAUCAGUAUGCUUGCAAAGGGCUGGACCAGCUGGAAGAGACUCUCCCUAUCCUUCACCAGCCGGCCCAUCAGGUGAUUGAAGACGGUGUCACCAUAACCAAAACGGUCCUCAGUUCCACGGUCAAUGUAGCCAUGGAUGCCGCUUCCGGGGCCAAGCAACUCUGGUCGAACCGAGUAUCUGAAGCUGUCGAUCUCACCAAGGACAUUGUCCAGGACAGUGUCAACUUGACCAAAUCGGUGGUGAGCUCCACCGUCAACACCGCAGUGAACGCCGCAAACGAGGCGAAGGAGCUCGUGACCCACAGGGUGGCCGACGUCGUCAACCUGAGCAAGGAGACGGCCCAGGACAGCGUGGAGCUGACCAAGUCGGUGGUCAAUACCGCCCUCCAAGCUGCCCAAGAGACGAGGGAACUUGUGGCUGGCCAAGUCAAGACCUGCGGGCCUGUCCAGGAAGGCAUUGAGAUGACCAGCCUCCUGAAGCAGGCGUUGAGCAGCGGUGUGGACGUCAUGUUGGGGAAGACGGAGGAUAUGGUGGACUACUACCUCCCCAUGACUGACGAGGAGCUAGUCAAGCUGGCCACGGAGGUGCAAGGUUUCGGAGAAGCCUCCUUGGAAGAGCAGAGCAAGCGGCAGAGUUACUUCGUCCGCCUGGGGUCGCUCUCGAGCAAAGUCCGCCGCCGCGCUUACCUGCAUUCCCUGGGCAAGCUGCAUCUCGUCAGGGAAAAGACUCAGAAUACGCUUUCUCAGCUCCAGCUGGUGAUCAACCUGGUUGAAGCUGCGCAGCAAGGCAUUGGGAAGCGGCUCCAAGAGGCUCAGGAGAAGCUGAGCCAGCUCUUGCUCGAGUGGACCCAGGCACAGCCGGAAGAGAGGCAGGCCGCAGCCGGAGGAACACAGCCAGAGGUUGAAUCGGGUACCCUGGCUAUGCUUCGCUUUGUCACCCAGGACCUCAGACCGGUCUAUGCUCACUUGGCAUCCACCAUCGAAGGCCUGCCCAGCAACAUCCGCGAGAGGGUGGCCCAAUCCCUGGGCAACCUCUGCCAGCUCCACGCUUCUUUCUCCUCGGCCUCGUCCUUCCAGGACUUGUCUUCCAGCCUGCUGGCGCAGAGCCGGAACAGAAUCGCCCAGGCGCAGGAGGCCCUGGAGACGCUGGUGGAGCACGUCGUCCAAAAGACGCCCUUGAACUGGGUCGUGGGGCCCUUCCGGCCGUCGGCAGGCACCGAGAUGGAAACCGAGAGCCAGGAGAUGGAAAUGUUGGCCCCGGAGGAGCCCAUGGAUGAGGCCGAGGCCGCAGUCAAAUCAGUGAAGAAAAAGGAGAAGGCAGAAAGCGAGGGUGCAAAGGCAGCUCAAGCCUUGGUGGCAGGAAGUCCGUUGUCUGGCGUGGCCAGGAAAGCAAAGAAAGAGAUAAACGAGGGAGAGGAGAUGAAGAAGAAGAAGAAGCAGCCCAACAAGAGCACUCUGAAUCAGAUCUCCGAUGCUGCUGAGAAGCAGGCAUAAGAGUCUGGGGCUGUUCCAGCACCCCAAAACCAAUGGUUCAGCCAUUGCCAUUUUGCACCCACACACUGCAAGAAGCCAAUCCGUUAAAGGGAAUCAAAAGCAGGGAGCCCAAAGGGGGAGGGUGCCCUCUGCGUCUCUGCAUGAGUUCAUGCUCCAGCUGCAGAUGCACCGGGACAGCCUCCUCUCUCAAAGCGUGGGUUUUUUCCACUUCUAGGGUGUGAAGGCUGAAACGUGCCUGUUUUUUCAUUUGGUGGUGGUUGCGGGGAAUGCACCAGUUAUUAGGAGCUUCGUUAAGUGAGAGCAAGCUGAAUCUUGCACGGAUCAGGCUGGCUGAUUUAUGUGCUACGGUGGGGAAUCCUGGGGCCCUCUGGAUGUUGCUGGAUGGACAGCUUCCAUCGUCCCUGAUGGGAGCUGAAGUCUCAUAAAUGCUCAUCCUCACCAAUUCUCUAUAGAUAGCUGCGUACGUGGGUCUAUGUUUAGACACCCAACCGCCGUUGUGGCACACAGGCAGGGGGUUUAAAACCUCGGGUGCUCACCUUCUGUUCAAAACAGAGUGGCUAGUCCUCAUUGUUGCAGAGAUGAGCUUGGAAGAGAAGCAAAAGAGGAGGACUGAAGAAUGAAGGUGGACGUUCACAAGGCUUUGUGAACAUGGUGGGUUUCAAGAAGGGUUUCGGAGGUGGGGUUCAGUGUG